AUGGCCUGGACAGCCACCGAAAUCCCAGGCUCGGAGCGCCUGCAUGAGUUAAUUGGAGUCGGUGCCGCCGUUCUGGUAACAGUUCUGUCAACGCCUGCCGUCACCCGUUCCUGGAGAGAGAAGGGCAUCUGGGGUGGCUCUGGUUACACCCCCAUCAACGCCAACGAUGAGUACCAAGAUCUCGACGGUGUGGCGACCGAAGAGUCCAUCCGGGCUUUCUCGGACACGCGACCUCGCAUUGCCGUUGGCCUCGCCAUCUUCGCUGGUAUUGGCGCUUUGAUUGCCUCCAACGUCUUGAUCCCGCCCACUCUCUCCGACUGGAUCUUUUGGGCAGAGUCUCUUCUUGCUUUACAGGCCAUCGUUCUUCCUCCAAAGCAUCUCUAUCUCUCCAAGUUCCGCUUGACAGUGUACGGCUUGGCAUCCUCCCUUGUCAUCGCCGUCUUGGUAGUUGUGCUCCAUGGAUUCGAAGCGCUGGCCCUGAUUUUGGAUUCCGACUCGGAUACCAAAUACCGGGCGGUUGGCUUCCUCUACAUUGUACAAUUUUCGGCUUCUGUUGGCGCAUUUUUGGGCUUUGCUUCUUUCUCAAGGAGACCGGAUGUCUACGAUGAUCAAGGGCUGGUCGACCAGCAACACACCAGGUCUCUGCUCGAUCUUUUCUCGUUUUCCUGGAACAGGGUUAUCUUUGAUGUGGCCAAGGAGCGUCAGAUGAAGCUUGAGGACAUCCCGAACCUCGACUUUGCCACAAAAUCAAGAAACCUGCAGGCUAGAUUCAUCAAGACGCGCCGUGAGAAGCUGCCGCUCUGGAAGCAGCUCAUCUACGCGUAUUCCAAGGAGCUGGCCUUGCAGUGGUUGCUUACCCUGGUCGUCGCGCUUCUGGCCUUGUUCCCGCAGGUUGUUUUGUACAACUUCCUGAAGAGGAUCGAGAACCGGCAGAAAGACACAGCCACAGAUCCCACCAUCUUUAUUUGGGUUCUAGGAUUGCUUCUGAGCCAAUUGCUCCAAGUCGGCGUCAAUAACUGGAUUAGGUGGAUCACCACGACUCGUCUGGAGAUACCUGUUGGCUCACUUCUGCAGUCCCUGGUUUUCUUCAAGGCGCUGAAGCAGUACGAGACAGCUCCCCCGGCCCAGAAAGAAGACAAAACCGACGGCAAAAAAGAUGGAAAAGCAGGCGAGCCCAAUGGCGUCAAUGACGCAAGCAAGCCAGGAAAGAAAGCCAACGCCAAAGGAAAAGAACCGGAGACUCGACAGAACAUCAUCAACCACAUGAAGCUUGACUCCAACCGCGUUACAAUCUUUUGCAUGUACAACAAUAACUUCCCCAUGGCUAUUUUCAAACUCAUCUUUGCCGGUGGGUUUUGUAUUAGUUUGAUGGGUUGGCUACCAGUGGUCAGCGGCCUACUCGCCGCGUGCUUCGUGAUCCCCAUCAGCUCGCGCUUGUCCACCAAAUACACGGCCCUUCAUUUUGGUCUGAUGAAGUAUCGCGAUGGAAAGGCCCAUCUGUUGACAGAGGCUCUGCAGGGCAUGCGACAAAUCAGAUUCUCGGCCUUGGAGCAGCAUUGGGAGGACAAGAUUCUCAAGAGCCGUAACGAAGAGCUCAAACAGUACUGGAGAGUCGCUGUAUGGCAGUGCCUUGUUGUUUUCAUCAUCAACUUGGGACCCAUCAUGCUGGCCAGUGUCACGUACUUCCUUUACGUUUGGCAGAACGGAACAAACAUCAAGGCUUCCGUGAUUUUCACCGCACUCGGCCUCUUCGACCAGCUGGAUGAGGCUGUAGCUCUCCUUCCACUUCUUCAAACAUACCUGCUCGAAGCUUGGACCAGUGCUGUCCGGUUGGAGAAGUUCUUCAGUCAAUCCGACAAGGAACCAGUAUCAAAACCCGGGGACUCCAUUCUGUUCAAGGAUGCCACAGUGGCGUGGCCAAGAAUUGAGGAUACCGAGAAGAUUGAUGACGAGGAUGCCACCGAAGAAAGAGGCGCCCACUCAAUGCUCAGAAAUAUCAACCUGGAAUUCCCUCCUGGCCAACUGACUUUGGUAUCGGGUAAAACAGGCGCCGGCAAAAGCCUCUUGCUUGCCGCUAUUCUGGGAGAAGUCAAGCUACUCAACGGCGUCAUUCGGAUGCCCGUUCUGCCUCCCUUUGACCACGAUGCCAAGGCUAUCCCUGAGUCCGAAUGGAUUAUCCCCGAACUGACCUCGUUUGUCUCUCAGACUCCCUGGAUCGAGGGUGGCACCGUGAGAGAGAACGUGAUAUUUGGCCUCCCUUUUGUAGAGGAUCGCUAUCGCAAGGUCUUUGCUGCUUGUGCUCUUCAAAAGGACAUUGAGCUCCUGAUAGACGGUGAUCAAACAGAAGUUGGACCCAAGGGGGUGACGCUUUCAGGCGGUCAGCGCUGGCGAACGGCCCUUGCUAGAGCUCUCUACUCUCGGGCUGGGAUUCUCAUUCUGGACGAUGUUCUCAGCGCCGUCGACGCUCAUGUCGGGCGUUUGAUCGUUGACAAAGCCUUGACGGGUGAGCUGGCGAGAGGGAGGACUCGCAUUCUCGCCACUCAUCAUGCCGAGCUCGUCCUGCCACAUGCUAGCUUUCAUAUCCAGCUCCAUAACGGAGAAGUCCUCUCGGUUGAGCACCUUACACCUUCUGAAGACAGCUCUGCGUUGACAGCCCUGUCUGAACAAGAUGUUCCAUCCACGGAUGAUAGCCUGGUAAAUGGACAGCCUCCGUUGGCAACCAAGAGCAAACCCAAAGAGGACGAAGAAAGCAGAGAGACAGGUCGUGUCAAAACCAAGGUGUACAAAGCCUACUUCAAAGCCAGUGGCGGCCUGUUGCCUUGGAUUGGGGGUGUAUGCAUUCUUUUGCUCGGUCAUUUCUUGUCGGUCUUCCGGGCUUGGAGUUUGAAAGAGCUUGCGCAGACAGCAUCGAAAGAGCCAGAGGCCCUCCGUUUCACGGUUCAAACUACCUCCAAGAACGCCUUCCAUUUUGCUGCCGGCUCUGGCUCCGAAGAGAGAGAGGGUUGGCACUGGGGCUAUGGCAUCUACUUCUGGCUGUCCGUUUGGCUCGUGAUCGACUUCUCGACGUUGUUGGUCCAGAUAAUAAGAGUACUGGCCUUCUUCGUCAUCGGCAUGAAAGCUUCCAGAGUUCUUUUCCAAGACAUGACACAUGCCAUUCUCCGCGCUCCGUUGCGAUGGAUAGACACAGUUCCAGCUGGUCGAAUCCUCAACCGCUUCACGUCAGAUAUGUUCAUUGUGGACCGCCGGCUCUCUAAUCAAGCGUUUACCUUGAUUCGCACCGUGCUGUUUUUGCUGGUUAUCAUUGCUACCAGUCUGUCAGUUUCGGUGUACGUCAUUUUUUUCGGCAUCCUCCUGUUCAUACUCUACGUCCGAGUGUCCAUGGCGUACAUCGACGCUGCCCGAGAGGUCAAGCGAAUCAACUCCGUGUCCCAUUCUCCGAUCUACGAUCAGUUCAGCUCUGUGCUUUCUGGUCUCUCAACUAUCCGGGCCUUCGACCGCACCGAGUUCUACAUGAAGCGCAUGUUUACCCUGAUCGACAACAGCUCCAAGGCUUCGUGGGCACUCCAGCUAUCUGGUCGAUGGAUGGCUGUACGUAUGGGGGUCCUUGGCGCUCUCUUCGUUGCUGUCGUCGCCAAUGCGGUAGCAGUUAGUGACACCAACGCCGCCUUGGCUGGAUUCAGUUUGGCCUUCGCCCUGCGCUACACAAACGCGCUGACAUCUGUUCUUCAAGCGUUGACGUCAGUGGAGCUGGGUUUCAAUGCAUGCGAGAGAGUCUUGGAAUAUGCAGAAAUCGAGACGGAGCCGGAAGGCGGGAAGGAUGUCGCAGCAGCAUGGCCUACUGAGGGCAGGAUCGAGGUCCAAGAUCUGACAGUCAAAUAUGCGGAUGACCUUCCCCCGGUCCUCAAAAAACUCAACUUUAGUGUGGGUGCUGGCGAAAGAGUCGGUAUCGUCGGACGGACAGGAGCUGGAAAGUCAACCCUGGCCGCUGUGUUUUUCCGUCUUCUUGUGCCUGUUGAGGGCUCUGUUUAUAUUGACAAUGUCGACAUCUCGACCUUGAAGCUUAGCCAGCUCCGAAGCCGUCUUGCCAUCAUUCCGCAGGACCCCUUCCUUUUCUCUGGUACAUUGCGAUCGAACCUGGAUAUGGAAGGACUUCUUGAGGAUCACGAUUUGCUAUUGGCACUGCAGCGUGUCCAUCUUAUUGAGCACGUUGAAGAUCAGGACCGUCCAGCUGUAUACCCACCAGCUGGGGCCUCAGUCAUUAUGGGAUCUUCCACCAUCCCCCUUGCAGAUUCAGAAACGGAAACAGAGGCUUCCACGGCUGUUGAGGGAGAGCCCACGGUGAGUGAGCCGGAGUCAGAGUUGAACCUGCCUGCGGACAACGCCAACAUCUUUACCAACUUGUCGACACCCAUCAGCACGGGUGGUGCAAACUUGUCCCAGGGGCAGCGACAACUGGUUUGCCUUGCGCGCUCUCUUCUUAAGCGUCCCAAAAUUGUCAUACUCGACGAGGCCACCAGCGCUGUCGACAGGGGUACCGAUAGCAAUAUCCAAGAAUCGCUUCGUAAAGAGUUUGCGGCUGCCGGUUGUACCGUUCUAGUUAUUGCUCACCGACUGUCGACCGUUGCAGACUUCGACCGCCUCUUGGUCAUGGACAAGGGCCAUGUGGCCGAGUUCGGCAGCCCACGGGAGUUGCUCGAGGCGGGCAUGAGACGCGUUGUAGAAGAGCCCAAACAACAGGGUGACUCGCGGGUUGACGGUGACACGGCCGAAGAUGACGAGGAAGCCAACGGCACUGGAGCGUUCUGGGAGCUGGUGCAGAAGAGUGCGGAAAAGGAGAAGCUCUUGGAGAUGGUUUUCGGCAGUGACAAGGAUCGGCUGAUGAAGGAAAUCUUUGGCAAUACCAAUGGGGUAUGA